AUGCCUGUCAUGCCAAGCGAAGAAAACACCGAGUCCCAUAUCUUUGACAAGGUCGCCAAAGAGUCCAGCGAUUCCACAGCAUCCGACCACCCAAUUCACAAGGGAGAGCAAAAGGCACAAGCCCAUCAUCAUCAAAGCAAGGGACCUCAGAUCUCCGACAGUAUCCCUGCGGAGACGAAGAGCAAGGAGGAAUUGAAGGCUCAGGCACAGGAGAUGAACAAAUAG